ACGACUGACGUGACACAACUACAAAAUCAAUCUCGCGUAUUAAACGUCAAAAUUGUCGACAUAAUGGACUCCAUGAAAAUUCCCAAGAAAAUUUUUGGCACAUACUUUGCUUCCUCCGCCACAAUUCACAUGCAAUCUACUCCCGCUUUUCUGGGUGAAUUUGUUUUGUUUGCAGUAGUGUUUUUGCUACUGAUCAUUCAGCAUCUUCAAGUUGGGAAGAUUUCCAAAAGGUGUCUGCGAUUAAAACCAUACAUGAUUUACAGCAAAAUUAAAACAGGUUCUCGUCGUAAAGAAAAAGAGCCCGCAAUUGACAGUAAACCUGGACUCACUUUGGAAAAUGGAAACUUGCAUUUGGCAAACUUAACACCGGAACAAUACGCAAAAAUGGAAAAAGAAAGGCAGGCGCGAGAACGCGAAUUUGAUAACGGAAUGCAAUCACUAUCAACCCUAUGCAGAACGGUUGUUAGGGGAGAGUGGUCCGGCGAAACUUUCAAAAGUAAUUUUUCGACACUUAAAGAAAACAUUGAGUGUAAAUCGGCGACGUUAGAAGGGAAGUAUUUGGGCCAUAAGGCUGCGGAUUUGAGCGAAAGUUUAAUUAAUGUAUUGGAAAAUUCGAUAACGAGCAGUUCCGUAGAGACACCGUUUCCGUUUAAAGGUGAUAUAGCGACACUUGCUGUUGAUGCUGCGGAACUAUUAAAAAUUAAGUGAUUCGUGCAACAAUUUCAAAAUGGAUGAAAUCUCCCAGUAAUACAAAUCCGUAGCAAUUAAUAUUGUACCGAUACUAGACGCAAAUAUAUGAAAAAAAUGUUUUGCCGAAACCCGGGAUUGAACCGGGGA